GACCGUGCGGCGGCGGCUGGUGACGUGCGCGGAGCCGGGGCGGCGGACCUUUGCCAGACGGGGUGCGGCGGAGGCCGGGGCUUCUUCCCCGCUACGCGUGGGUUCGCCUUUCCUCCCUGGGCCAGGCUCUGUGUUCAAGGUUUCCUUUUUGUUAACGUAAAUACUUCAGUCAAGGCAAAUCAAAAUAAGGUGGCACAACAGAAGCUAUCUUAUUAAUUGAAGAAAUACUAUCAAUGAUUAUAUUUCCCAUUGGGAGUAAAACCUGGAGACAAAGUUUUCUUACUUUAAGCAGUUUUAAUGGCAGAAAAAAGAGAGCCUUAUAGUGUAGAGGAAGCAAUGGAGCAACUGAUAGCACCUGGUGGACAAAAAUGGGUCAAUAUGGAUCCAGAAGAACGGAUGUUAGCUGCAGCUACAGCUUUUACACAUAUCUGUGCAGGGCAGGGUGAAGGAGAUAUAAGGAGAGAGGCCCAGGCUGCCCAGUAUGAUCCCUACAGUAAAGCCACAAUAACACCAGGAAAGAGACCUGGUCUUCCUGUGCAACUGCACUACCCACAUACAGGAGGCCAUUCAUCAACAGUUUCAGAGGCUUCCCACAAAUGGAGAAAGCCAGUGAUGAAGAGAAAGGUGCUACGCAGAAAGCCAGAUGGGGAAGUACUAGUGACAGAUGAGUCUGUUAUCAGUGAAUCUGAAUCUGGUGCAGAGAGUGAUGUAGAUCUCUGGGACUUGAGACACAGGCUAAUGAACCUGCAAUUCCAAGGAGACACAGAAUCCCCAGUUGACACUUCACAAAAAUUUAACCUGCCAUGUGAAUACCAAGGGAUUUCACAAGAUCAGCUCAUUUGCUAUCUACAAAGAGAAGAAAUGGGCCCUCCCGUUUAUGAACAAGACUUGAUUGUUGCUAGCAGACCCAAGUCCUUUAUUCUCCCCAGACUGGAUCAGUUAAGCCGAAACCGUGGAAAGAUAGACCGAGUAGCCAGAUAUUUUGAGUACAAAAGGGAUUGGGAUUCAAUGCGGUUUCCUGGUGAAGAUCAUAGGAAGGAGUUGCGCUGGAAUGUCCGAGAACAAAUGCUUUCCCGAACAGAACCCCAGUCCAAGCCUCAACAUGUAUAUGUUCCAAACAACUACCUAGUGCCAACUGAGAAGAAAAGAUCUGCCCUCCGUUGGGGUGUCCGUUGUGACCUUGCAAAUGGUGUCAUGCCCAAGAAGCUUCCCUUUCCUCUUUCUCCUUCUUAAGUCUUUUUUUUUUUUUUAAACCUCUCUCCCCUUCCACAGGAUUUAGUGAUAAUCUAGUUCUUUAGCUCUUCUAAAUACAACUGACUUGAAAAGCCUACAGAUCAUAGACUAAGGACUUUACUGGUUCUUCCUAGGUUUGCUAUGCCACAUAGGUAUCAUACAGCACUUUCAUUGCUAAAUUGCCCCUCUCAAAUACAAUUGAAAGGCGGAAAAACUACCUGAAAUUUGGAUUUUGUCAAAGUUGUGCCAUUUUUGAAAAGACUUGUAAACUGUGGUGGUUCUUUUAAAUUUAGUGGGUAUUAAGCUCAUCUAUUAAAGAAUUUUAGAAAAAUA